AUGCAACAAGCUGGAAUUCUUUUGACUCAACUUGUAUUUCUUUUGUCCCUAAAACAUAUAUCCAGCAGCAGCAGCAGCAGUAGCAGCAGCAGCAGCAGCAGCAGCAGCCGCAGCCGCAGCCGCCGCAGAAGCAGCAGCAACGUGCUCAGUGGAGGCCACGCAUACUGCGUGAACGAUUACGCAGCAGCAGCAGCAGCAGGAAAUAGCAUACGCAGCAAGAGCAGCAGCAACAGCUGCAGCAGCAGCGACAGCAGCAGCAGCAGCGGCAGUAGUAGCAGCAGCAGCUGCAAGUACAACUUCUGCGGCCGCACGAGCUGCAGCAGCAGCAGCAACGGCGGAGCCGCGUUGCACUUGUCACUGGGAGACAGAAGAUUCCUCCCCCUGCAGGGUUGGGACCUGGGCCGCAGCGUGGCCAAUUUCUGGGGCGGAGGCGGCGAAGAAGCAAGAGAAGGGUUUAAUGCCACUUACACAGCUUAUCCCGUUUCGUUUGCUGCAAAGGACCACCUCGAGAGCGGCAACAAAAUCUUGCUGCCGCCGUCGGCUCUUCACGCGCUCGCGCGUCUGCACAUAUCCUGGCCGAUGCACUUCCGCAUUUGCAACACUGCUAAGGACAAACUGACCCACUGCGGGGUGUUGGAGUUCGUGUCGGAGGAAGGCACGUGCUACAUGCCCUACUGGAUGAUGCAAAACCUCCAGCUCGAAGAGGGGGGACUUGUUAGUGUUUCGGAUGUCUCUUUGCCGAAGGGGACUUACGUGCAGCUGCAGCCCCUCGAAACGGAGUUUUUGGAAAUCAGCAACCCCAAGGCCCUGUAA